AUGGCAUGCGAGAGAAAAUUGGGAAACUGUAGUUUCUUUCGCGAAGAAGAGGACGAAGAGCAAGACGAGGAUGCAUUAUCACUCUCUGAUCUGCCGAUCAAUUUGAUUAAAGAAGAUAACAACAAAUCAAACGCUGACGAAGAAUCUCGACCCUUGAUCAAAAGCGAAGACGAUUUUUAUUUCCGUUCAUUGAGUAGAGAAUCAGAAAUGUGCGCAGCUGAUGAUGUGUUCUUUCAUGGCCAAAUCCUCCCUCUGCGACACUCAAUCAGUUCAGAGAGUGAUCUCACCAAAUUCAAGCCCUUGAACCUGAACGCAAUCAAUUGCCUUUCAGGGUCCGAGUCCAUGGACCAUUUUGGUUCAUUAGGUGGGUUCAACAGUUUCAGCAGCAAAAGCAGUAGUAUCAAAAGCCACUACUCAUCAAGCAGCACCAGCUCUAGCAGUACCACCACAGCAAGAAAUCCAAAACCACGAAUCCGAAACCAAUUCCACACGCACCCGAGUCCUAAACCCCAAAUCAGAGUCUCUACUACUCCGACAAUCAGUAAUCGCUCUCGAAAAUCUACAAUUUGGGAAUUUUUCAGGCCGGGUUUGGUACCCAUACCAGGAAUCGAAUUACAAGAUCUUAAGAUUCGUAGUUCCGUUAGUCGUAAUAGAAGCAGUGAAAGUAGUAAUAACAACAUCAACAGAAGAGAGAAAAUCCGAAGCAGUACGGGUCACAGUGAACAGAGUACGAACAUGGAGAAACAGAGAAAGCAGAAAAAACAUAUGUUCUUAAGUGGUUGCAGUUGUUCAGUUGGUACUGUAAAACCAGUUCAACAGAAAAUUAUCGUCCUUAAGAGCAGUUGUGAAGACAAUAAUCAUAAUAUUAAAGGAAGUGCAAGAGAAUCCAAAGAGGGCAGGGAGAAGCCGCUGCAGGAACUGAAAAUGAAGAAAAAGAAAUAA